AUGACUCAACAAGAUUAUUUGAAGCACGAUGCCACCAAAGGAGCUGCUGAGAAUGCUCUAAGAGUUGGUUGGACUACGUAUGGUGAACGUGAGUUAAGGGUGGUACCGACAAAGAAGUAUGCAGCUUUUCUCCCAGGUCUAGCUGUAGAUAUAUGGGGAAGACAGGAACAACUUUCUCACGUGGCUUGUUUUUUGAAAUUGUGGUUGGCAUCUGAUUCCAUAAGACUAUUGGGAACAAGUGGAGACGGGACUCUCUCUGUUUGCAAUCUUCGGAGCAACAAGGUUCAAACUCGCUCUGAAUUUUCUGAAGACGAGCUGCUUUCUGUGUUAAUCAUGAAGAAUGGUCGAAAAGUUAUAUGUGGGACGCAAACUGGAACUCUUCUAUUAUAUUCAUGGGGUUUUUUCAAGGACUGCAGUGACCGCUUUGUCGAUCUAUCCCCAAACUCUAUUGAUGCUUUGUUAAAGCUUGAUGAAGAUAGAGUUAUUACUGGAUCUGAGAAUGGGCUCAUUAGCCUGGAACUAGCUACGGGGAAAAUGAUUAGUGCACAAGGUGGACUAUACUUUCUGGAUGUCGUUCCUCCUACAUUACCUUUGUCCUCUUAG